UAAGGGUCCUUCAUCGCAGGGACCGAACAGCGUCGGUAGCAUGAACAUGGCAGCGUCUGCUCGAGCCCAGGUGCUGUCUUUGUACAGAAUGAUGCUGAAAGAGAGCAGCAGGUUUCCUUCCUACAACUACAGGACCUACGCGCUGCGGCGGGUGCGCGAUGCCUUUAGGGCCAACAGGAAAGUAGAAGAUCCGAAAAGUGUGGAGCGGCUGAUGGAGGAGGGAAGGCAGGCACUGGCGCUGAUACAGAGACAGGUGUCCAUUGGCAAGAUGUACGGAGCGCAGAAGACGGUCGUGGAGUAGCAGGACCAUUGAGGAAGAGCCCGGCAAACAACAGGAUGUGACCUCAUAGACCAGAGCCCACCCGGUCUUUGGCAUCACUGUUGAGUUUGAGCUGGUUGAACAUGAAAUGCAUCGUGGGAGACGCAGUUGAAGUCUGGGAGGACCAUGUUGGGGCUGCUCCCGUUGGUCUAGGCUUCCCUGACUUGGCUUUUCUUUAGUAUUUAUGUUGUCAGCAACACAAUCCAUCUAUCCUAAAAAAAUAUUUACUCAGCAAAGAGAUGAAGACUGAGAGCUGCAGCAUAAAAAUGCAACUACUUUUCUUGAUCCGUACACCAACAGAAAUAUAAGAAAUGACCAAAACGCUAGAGGAGAAAUCACCUAUCAGGCUCCUCCUCUCUGCCGUGCUUUAGCUCCCCCUUCUGGAGGCUGGUUACCAUGGUGACUAAGAGGCAUUCAGGGAUGUUUUUUUCUUCAGGUCAUCAGUGUGUGUUUUGAAUAAAGGCAAAUAACAAAAGAA